AUGCCUCCUAAGAAGUCGGAGAUCUCCAAGAACGACCCCAAGAGAUCUGGGAAGAAAAAAGAAUAUUCCAUGGAGUCGCUAGAAGAGUUGGAAGGUGAUCUGACAAAAACUCAUCCAGAAGAAUCCACGGACACGGAAGAUGAGUUGGAAGUGGAAGGUGAGAUGUCCAAGAAUUGCUGCAUCUACACUGUACCCAAGACGCUCGCCGAUAUCAACACCAAGAAGGCGUACGAGCCCCGGGUCGUCUCCAUCAGGCCCUACCACGGCGGCGAGGAACAAGUCCAGGCGAUGAAGAAGCACAAGCGGCAGUUCCUCAGCCAUUUACUCCAUAGGAAACAAUUAAGUUUAAAUGACUUAUUGGAAAGCAAAAGCAUAAGCCGACUUGCAAAGAAAGCGAGCAAGUAUUAUUCCAAAGAUAUCAAUUACUUCGAGAACGACGAGAUGGAAUGUCGGUUCCUGAAGUUGAUGGUGCUUGAUGGUUGCUUCUUGAUAGAGUUGUUUAAAAAGGCUGACAAAGUAGAGAAAGUGUUCGAACGCGACGACCCUCUGGCCACCAUGGCUUGGGCAGUACCAUAUAUGUACGGGGACCUUCUUCUGGUUGGGAAUCAGAUCCCCUUUUUUGUUCUGGAAGAAUUAUUUCAAACUUUCAAAAUGCCUGGGGACUCCGAUGCUUCCUUGUCCUUGCUGGCUUUGAAAUUCUUAAACAAAGUAAUGCAAAGGCCCGACGGAGUCGUAGACAAUUUCCUCAAGAGGGCAACACCCAAUAAUUAUCCAAAACCAUUGCACUUGCUGGACUUGGUUCGGUCAAGUUUGCUGCUCCAGCCCGAUCAAGAAGAGACCCGUAUUGCCAUUUCCAAUUCAGAGCCAUCAAACAAGAGAAAUGAUCUUAUUUACUGCAUCUCAAAGCUCCGCCGAGCGGGGAUUAAGCUCCGAAGGAGAGAAGCUGACAGCUUCUUGGACGUGAAAUUCAAGAAGGGGAAGGGGAUAUUCUGCAACGGAGUAAUCGAGAUGCCGAAUAUAACCAUGGACUACCACAUGAAGUCUUUCUUGGUCAACUGUGUGGCAUUCGAGCAGUUGCACAACACUCCCUCCAAGCAGUUCACGGUUUACGCUAGAUUAUUGGACUGCCUCGUCAACACCGCCAAAGACGUCGACCACCUAUGCCACAACGAUAUCUUCGACAACUACUUCGGGAAAGACGGGGACAUCGUACUCUUCAUCAACAAGAUGGGAAAGGACCUGGCGUUUGAUGAGGAUCAGUUUUACCUGUCCCAGUUGUUCAAAGAUGUCAACGCCUGUUACGGGACUGACUGGAAAGUGCUGUGGGCGAGAUUCAAGGCCAGGAGGCCUUAUGCAUCAUCCACUAUAAUCAUCUGGCUUAUCAAUGUCGCUGUUAAUGAGCACUUUGUCACUGCUAUUGGUUCACGCUAUUGA